CAUCUGCGACCCAGGGGCUUAGCCCACAGGCAGCUGGGGCGCGUGGGCCGGCAGCAGGCAGCAGGACACUUGAAAAUUGUCUCUGGCCAGGGCUAGCUGUCUCCCCAGAGGACACACAGAGGAUAUCUUCCCUCCUGCCUUUGGACGAUUUAGACAUGGCUGGAGAGACCAGGCCGGGCCCCACCCAGCCAGGCCAGAAGAGGCAGCCGGGCACAGCCAUUUCCUGCAGUAACUAUGACCUGGACUACAAGCUGUACAGGGAAGAUGUCCCCUACAGUAGGGUGUAUGAAUACCAAGGAAUCCCUCCACUCCUCAACCGCAUGCCUGUCAAGAUCCGGAGGACCCACGUGGGCAUGGGGGUUAAGAGCAGCUUCAGUCCCCACAAGGGCCCCAGGAAGAGCCACCUGCCCCGAGAGCAAAUAAAGCUCCAGACCAAGGAGCUGCACUCUAUCAGGAGGGAGCUAAACCAGAUCAAAGCCCAGGUGGACCGUCUAUUGGAGAAUCUGGAGCGCAUGGACCAGCAGAGGGACCAGUUUCCAGGGUCAGACGCCAGUGAAGAAAACAGGGCCGCAGUGAGUAAGAGUUACUCAUGCAGAAUCACUGAAGCCAAGCAGGAGCCCAGGGGCCAGAGGGCCCAUCCAGAAGCAGACAGCCCAGAGGACAGCACACACCCAGAGGAGGCAGUGAAGAAUCAUGCAUCGGACCAGGAGGGCAGUCAGUAGAAGACUGGAAUUCCUCCCGGCUUCUUCCCAGACGGCUCCCUUCCUUGCCUCAUGGGGUUUUUGGAAGGCCUCCUGGUGGCACCUGUGCGACCAAAAGCACACAUUCUGGAAUGAGUACAAUGAAGCGGAGGUGUGGCUCACCACACCAGCUGGGAAGCCCCUCCGUAAUGGUUGCUUUUGCUUUUGGAGGCCAUGUUUCCAGAUAGUCCGGGGAGCUAAGAGGGAGGUCUAGCACAUGCUCACUAUCCUCAUGAGGGAGGCCGUCUGGCAAGGGGCGGAAGAACAGCGCCCCGCCCCCACCUUGGGAGCACAUCUGCCCCCUCUGACUGCAGGCAUUGCUUUGGCUGCUCUUCUCCCUGCCCCAGGCCCUGCCAGUUCUGUGUGGAGUGUCCCGCCCCCGCCGCCAGCCCAGCUUUCUCAGCUCCAGUGAUGCACAGGAAAUAAACUCAUGUUCUACGGACCCCUUCUGGUCUGAAACUGACCUUUAAGCUCCUUGGUGUGUGUCCCACAUGACCUCCUUUGGUUCCAGACUCCCCACCCAUCCACCCUCAUUCAGAAUAGAGUAUCAUUUUUAUGUCCUGUUUCUAUCUUGUCUCUCACUGGUGUGAUACUAUGUACUUCAGACCUGCUCUGGAAAUACUGUAAUGUCAAAGGAGAAAAAUAAAUUUGUAUUUCUUUUCCCUGG